GCAAUGAACCACUGGCUAAGCACUAUACUACUCGGGGUUUUGAUCUCGGUGCCUUGUGGGCAUGGAAAUACGAUCAAGGAGCGGAACCUCUUCGCCACCGAACUCUUCCAAACCCUGGCCACGGAACGUCAGGAUGAGAAUGUGAUCAUCUCGCCGGUCUCCAUCCAACUGGCCCUUGGCCUGGCCUACUACGGAGCAGAGGGCAGAACCGCCGCAGAGCUGCAGAAGACCCUUCACGCCUCCGCCAAGGAGAGCAAGGAUGGGCUGGCCGAGAGCUAUCACAACCUGCUGCACUCGUACAUCAAGUCCAAGACGGUGCUGGAGAUCGCCAACAAGGUCUACACCCGGGAGAAGCUCAAGGUGUCGGACCACUUCCGCGAGGUGGCCCAGAAGUACUUUGACUCCGAGGUGGAACCGCUGGACUUCAGCCGCGAAACGGAGGCCGUGGAGCGCAUCAACCGGUGGGUCAAGCAGCAGACACAGGACAAGAUCGAGCGGGUGGUGGAUAGCCUGGAGCCGGACACCAAUGUGGCCCUGUUCAACGCCAUCUACUUCAAGGCCCGCUGGGCACGACCCUUCAACGACGAGGACACCCGGGAUCGCGAGUUCUGGCUGAGCGACAGCCAGGCCAUCCAGGUGCCCACGAUGUUUGCCGACAACUGGUACUACUAUGCCGACUAUCCGGAACUGGACGCCAAGGCCAUCGAGCUGUUCUUCGAGAACAUCAACCUGACCAUGUGGUUCAUCCUGCCCAACGAGCGUUCCGGCCUCCAAGUUCUGGAGCAGAGACUCAAGGGCGUGGACUUCAGCCUGCUCGAGGAGCGCUGGCAGUGGCAGAGUGUCUCCGUCUAUCUGCCCAAGUUCAAGUUCGAGUUCGACACCGACCUUCGACCCACGCUGAACAAGAUGGGAAUCAGUGCCAUGUUCUCGGAUGCCGCCGACUUUAGUAAUAUUUUCCAGGACUCGCCCAUUGGCACUCGGAUAUCCAAGUUCCAGCACAAGACCUUCAUCGAUGUGAACGAGAUCGGAUGCGAGGCGGCUGGUGUUAGUUAUGCUGCUGGGGUGCCCAUGUCUCUGCCCCUGGACCCGAAGACUUUCGUGGCCGAUCAUCCGUUUGUUUUCAUCAUUCGCGAUAAGCACGCUGUCUAUUUCACCGGACAUAUUGUCAAGUUUUAAUAAGCACAUCAUCGCACAUUCACUCAGAUUA